GCUCGGGAGUGAAAAGCGCUCAUUUCUUCUUCAUCGGUAGUAAUGUCUUGACUGACGAGUUGUUAGUUGUUUUUAAAAUCACGUAGUCACUGAGAUGAAUAAGUUUAUUAUAUCUGAUAUGAUUGAAAAGGAAUGAUGAUUCAUGGGGUCCAUUGCGCAAUUUGCUCUCGGUGCUGCUGCGGGUGUUGCUCUUUUUAUGGGCGCGAACACGGCUCGGCGCUAUUUUCUUGGCUCUCCGACCACAAACCAAAGAGAUCGAGAGCGUAUAAAUUCUAGGAAUGAAGUUACUUUAAGGCAAGAACACAUUCAUUCAAUACAGAGCGCUGCAUCGCCUAUCCGACAUGUCUCAGAGAGCUCUGAAACGGACCUCGCUGUUGUCGGAGAGGAAAACGACUCGAAGGAUGGUCAGCAUCUUUUGAACCUUCUCUUCAACAUAGCCGAAGACCAGGCGAGGAAAGAGGGUUAUAUUCAUCGCGGGAUAACCUGUAAUUCUUGUCAAGCGAGCCCAAUUUGUGGAAUUCGUUACAAAUGCUCUAACUGCGUGGAUUAUGAUCUAUGUGAGCGUUGCGAAGUGAGUGAUGACCACAACAGAACUCAUCUAUUCAUCAAGAUCCGAGUUCCUAUGCCACCACUUACAAAUCCCAGGGCUCCUUGCCUUAAACCACUUUAUCCAGGUGAGAUAGAUGACAUUUGCAAUAGAACAGUAUCAUGUUAUGAAUUGAUAUUUUUAUUAUGCUUAAGUGAACUGAUCCAUUUAUGCAAAUGUUUACUAUAGCUGCCUGUAGAGUGCUAAAGUGAUGACGUCUUAAAAGUGAAAUUUCUGAAGUUAUGGGAUUUGUCAGGAUAUUCUGAAAGAAGAAUGUCCAAGAGGCCUACUUGCCAAUCUCAUAAUUUCAGAAAUGUCAUUUUUAUGACGUCACACUUUAGUACUCUAUAUUAUUGCUGGCAAGCCUCAUGCGAGCCAGCACAUUGUUCUCUACAAUAAUUUUUAUUGUGGGAAAAAGCCAAAAUUUGUCGGAUGUAAGAUCAGAAGCAUGUGCAUUCAGUUGGUUUUCUUGUUAUGCGGGGUAUUCACUCCUGAGCGAUGACGUCAGGUAAAAUGCACGAGGACGAGAUCAAGAGAUUUCGAGUAAAUUUCCAGAGUUCUAGCAGAUUAUUUGAGUCAAGGAAGGCAUUUAGUAAUUCCUUUUUUUAUUUUCUUUAUGUCUGCUCUAUUUGCUUGUGGAAGUAUUCAUCAAGGUCUCGAUCCAAAUGGUUUUGGUGAUGAAUCUUGACGAAGACUAGAGAUUUACAUGUGUUUGGCUACUCUAUUUGCCGAUCCGCAAAUAAAUGGAGGUGCAAAGAUAUUGGUCAUAUCCUCCUUCAUGGAGAUUUUUCGUGUUUUUUCUCUGUGCAUUCAGCAGGAGUGAUAUGCCAGGCAAAAAUUCUUCUGUGCGAAGUAUCUUGCAGACUUUAGCUUGCUGGUAUCUCAUGCAAAUAUUAAUCAAAGUAUUCAUUGCCCAUUGACGCGUUAAAUUUGAUAGUUGUGUCAAAAUCUCUGCCUGCUGAGGUAAAUAAUUCAGCUGAUAAUUUGACCAUUAGUCACAUUUGUCCGGUGAGGCAAAAGAAACGCUCAAAACCACAGAUUCAAAAUGUGUGUCGCUCUUUGAAGCUAACCCCUGUUAACUGUAAAAUUAUUUGACUGUUGCAUUGGCAAGCACCUGCUACGUUGGCUACUGUGGGGUCCAAUAAUAUUAUUGUCUUUAAACCUUUAAGUCAAAAGAAAACUUUUUGAGCACCACAUUAAACCCAUUAAAGUCCUUGCAUCAAUAUCAAAUUGUUGACAUAGUAGAUCAGCCAAACACAUAAAAAUAAUAUCAUGUCUUCCUUGGGAUUCAUACUUAACUGUUCAUGACCUUAAUGAAAUUAUUGCCAUUGGCAAACCAAAAAUUGAAAAAUCUAAACAAGCAAUUACUCAGAACUAAAGCCUCAUUUAUCAUCUGCUUGCACUCUGGAAAUCUACUUGAAGGGCUUUCCCAUUUUACACAUCACAAAUAUACAGAAAUAACAAAUUUUUCUUUUAACAAGGCUUAUCCACUCUAAUUCCCAGGAGUCAUUUUUAGUUUGCUCACUUUAUUAUUUAUCAAACUGUAUUCUCCGUAUCAGUGGUGGAUACAGGGGAGGGGUCCGCCCCCCCCGCCCCGCCACCUAUUCUUUGACUAAACUGAGGCCCAAAGGGCCGAAAAAAGUUUUUUUUGAGACUGCCCCCCCUCCCCCUUAUCUCAAGAUCUGGAUCUGGCACUGCAUAUUGUCUUUCACCAUUUACAUUGAAAUUGAAACUCUUAGUCCAUAGCACUUAUGCACAGUUAUUUGAAACUCCCAUUGAUAUCAGCCCACCCCCUCCAGAAUAUCAUCAAAUUUUUAAGCUUGUGGAAAAUGGGAAGGUUUAGUGGGGAUUUGAUCUUUUAAAGUAUUGUCAACAUACCCUGCCAUUUCAUUAAUAGUUAAAUGCUCUUUGUUUCGUCAGUUGUGGGUUUUUGGUUCACUGUUAUCAAACUUCUUUAUUGACGACUUUGCUGCCAGACAAUACAAGAACUGUGUUCGAAUCCUAAAAGGAAGUUACAUUGUUAAGAAAUGCUCAGAUAAUAAAGAAUAAGAAACGAUUUGAUAUUUACCCGGUGAGUCGGCUAGGUCCACAGCUGACAAAUGACUUACAUUAGUAUUAUGACAUCACUAUGACGUAUCUCAUUAGCGGAUAAAUUAACUUAAUGAUUGAUCAUAGAAUUUCUCGACGAAACACUCUUCAUUGAUUUGGUUUGCAGGUAUUAAAGAUCACCCAUAUUCUCUGUCCUGGAAUGAGAUUCAGCAUCUUAGGAAACAAAGUCAUUUUGACCAAGCAGAAAUAGAAGCGCUGGUUGAACAGUUUAAGACACUGGCAACAGAGAAAGCAGGAAUUACCCGUGAAGUGUUCGACAAGUGUCUUGGUCCUCUCGGACAACACAAGAACUUAGUCAUGGAUCAGAUGUUUAAAUUUUAUGACCAAAAUGGUGAUGGUCUUAUUGACAUUGAUGAGUUUGUCAUUGGGCUUUCUAUUCUUGUCAAAGGCAGUGAGAAAGAGAAGAUCCCCUAUGCUUUUGCUGGCUGUGACAUUGAGAACAAAGGUCAUAUUUCCAAGGAGAAUUUAAGAAGUAUGUUUAAGGCGUACUUUGAGAUUAGUCUUGAGUUGGUGCGUGAUGUUGUUAGGUCAUGUGAAGAGGAAAUGAUGGCUUCCUUUGAUGACUCUGCCGACAAACCAGUGUCUUCAGUGUUCAAUGCACCCAUUCCUAGCGACUCAGGUCCAUCAACAUCAACCGGGAAACCAGCCAUGCUUCUAAAUAAUCCCGGAAAUACGGGCGCUCAAGGAAUUGACAGAAGAUGGCCAAUCAUGGAAGCAAUGUCACAGGACGCCAUUGAUGAGAUGGUGAACAAUGUAUUUCAGUGUGCUGAUACUGACAAGGAUGGCAAGAUCUCCUUUGAGGAAUUUGAAGCUUGGGCUGCAAAUGACAACACUAUUCUUGCCUGGUUUGAAGCACUUGGUACUAUUUUUUAACUCAAUCUGCACUUAUAUUUUGUGCUCUUCUCCUUCUAGAGGAAAUAUCUGAGGUGGUGAGAUGCUGUAAAAAAUAAGAGUUAAUAUAUUACAGAGUAAAUUCAUGUUUAUAUUUAGAUCAGGUAACAAUAGCAAUGAAAUCCAGUGUUCUCCUUAUCAGGCGAAAACCGGUAAAAUUUACCGCUUGAAGCAACACUUCCUACUGCCUGCAACAGCUUGAAGGUUUACCAAAAUUAUACAAGUUAUUUUACAAGUUGUGAUCUUCUUUCUUAGAUGGGGCACACAUGUAAUUAUUGGAAUCACAUGUUUUAAUUUGUUUUCUAAAGAUAUAAUUUGCUGGGAAAAGGUAGACUGCUGACUUCAUUUUAUAGGAGUUCUUUAAGCCCAGAAUAAUAAUUGUGGCUCUUUACUCUUUAAAAAGUAGACUGUAAAUUUAAUUGUGAGUUUUUGACCUCAGAUCGGAAGGCUGAUUGCUUACAACAGUGGACUGGCCUAAAAAAGGUCUUAAAAUAUGAGAAUGAUUUUUCAGACUUGUAACUUAAUUAGCUCCUAAAACUUUUCCAAGGAGGGUAGGGUCAUGUCCUUCACCUCACUUCCCCCCUCCCCCAGGAAAGUGCACCUCUGGCAUAUAUUUUUUGCCUUGGGCUAAAAUUUAGGGAGAACACUGGAAAUCAGAAGCUCUUUAAGCCUUUUUGAGUGGCUGCAAAAACAGUCACAAUGUCUUGACAAAACGUAUUGUAACUAUUUUAGCAACCUAAAAAAACUUUCUUGAGAUGUGAUCAUUUGUACCCCCAAUACCUUUUUGUACAUCAGAGAAGUUCGUGCUGGCUUGAAAUUUGUUGGUCAAAAAGUAUUACUGACUCAAAUUUCCUUAUUUGAUUAUUUACAAGUAACUGUUGUGUGUCUGUUUUUGCAAGAUAUGACUGGUUUUCGUCAUUUUUUGGUACUGCUCUUUUCUUAAUAUAUUUUGACAAAAUGAAAAUCAGACUUUUUCUUGAGUGAAAAGUCUGAGUGGCUCUGAAAAAUAUUGAAACCCAGCAGCUGUUUAAUAAAACAAAUAUCUUAAUUUUCAAAAGAAAGAAGGUUCCUUGCUUUUAACAUUUUCUUCUAUUUUGAGACAAAACAAGAACUUUUAAAACGUUUUCAAAC